CACAGAGACAGUAUCGCUAUAUACAGUUAGCGACAACCAUCUGUUUUGAGAUAUAGCAGAAAGUACAUUAGACUAAGUUUUUCAAGACAAAUCUGGAUAGAAUCUUUAUAUAGUAUAGAAAGAAAUAAAGAGACCAGUCAUGGCAUGUCCAUUUUCAAUUCAUUCAAUUGACAGCAUACUCGCAGGACCCACACAUCGGCCUAACUUAGUCAAAUUAAAGCCCGCUACAGUACAUAUUCAACCUUGGCAAUUCAUAAUCAAUCCGAGACAGUCCACAGGUAAGGAAACCUAUAUCUGUAUUAUUCAGUAUGAUACCGAGAACGUUCGGAAAAAUUGCUACAGAUGUUCAAUGACUGUUUGGCUGAGAUGCAUACUAGCUGUUUAAAAACAACUGUGACAUGGUCAAUAGUUUUAUGUUUCUUGUUUUGUACAUAUAUUUCCAGUGUUAGUCUGUUGACAUUUACUAAAUUUUGUUCUGCAGUACUGACUGUAGUAGUAGCGUACGUAGCGGUUACAUACUAGAUUAUGGAGAAAUAUAGUGAUAACAUUUAGCGUUAUUUGUUUUAUAUAAUUUAUCAUAAUUGUAACAAUGGGUCAAUGGAUUGGUUUUUCGUUGGGUUCACUGCAUGAGUGCAUGAAUCCAUGAUCGAAGAAGGCUCUAUAGUAUUGUGUCUGUAAAUUUAUCUCCGACUGCACAUGAUAUAUUAACUAAAUUCUUGUCAAUUUUAGAUAAUUAUAAAAAAAGCCUUAUAAACCGAAGACCUAGAAAAACUAUGUUUUCAUUAGUUAAUAAAGAAAACUCCCAGAUAAUUAUAAAUAUAGUUUUAUUGUUUUAUAUUUGAAUAAGUUUAGCGUGGUUUUAAUUCGCGAGUUUUACUGGUGAGGACGAAAUUCGGUAUGACCUUUUCGGCCAGACUAUAUAGCUUGUGUAUUAACUAUAGAUAGCACCAUCUGUUGCAAACUUUCAAAUUUGACUUCAAACCUUUAGCAAAUCCAGUGUGGAGUUACAGUAUGAACCUUUUAAAUACUCCGGUAUAAAUUUUGUCGCGAAACAACGAAGUUUUGAUGGUACAUUGCUGUAGCGAACGAUACAUAAACGCACGAUAUGCUAAUUAAUCACGCGUGCGUUUUGCCGCGGGGUUAAAUGCAAAAAUUGAAGAACUUUUACUAUAACUACAUAUAUUAAUGGAAAAUACUUUCAACUGUACGAAAGUUUUAAAGUUAAAUAUCUUACGCUUUUGUGUUAUUGGCUUGUUUUAAAAUAAUGAAACUCAGCAGAAUAGCGAUGCAAAAGAUUUUAAACUACCAUGUAGUAGCAUAAUGUAAAUAUUUUCUGCCUAGAAUUUGCAUGCAGUCGGAAUUUGACCAUUUGUCGAUCCAUCUAUACACUAAACACGCCUAUAUAUUGCUAACAAUGAAUGAGGAAUAUAGCGACCUCUCCAGUUUACAUUGAAAUACACAGUAUAAGGCUCCUCCAAAAAACCUCAAACGGACCUCAAUACAAUAUUGUUGGCCCAAUGCCAUCUAAAAAUUUUCAAAUAAUGUUUUAUAACGUUUCUUGUUUCGCAAAUAUUUUAUUCAAUUUUCUAGCAAAAGUUUCCAAUCUGAGUAAACCAAAAAGAUUGUCAAAAAGACUUAAAAAAUAAGCAGCUUAGCCAAAUAUUUCAACAUCGUUGUAGGAGUUUGUGACGAGGUCAUCAGAGUCUUAAGUCUUAACCGUCCGCACUGAUUAAAUCAUAUUGUUGAUACUGUAAUCUCUGCAUUCUUUAAUUGAGAGUCUUAUGCGAAUUUAGCUGUAAUAGUGUUCAAUAAUUAGGGAUAAUAGCCAGAAUGACAUUAUCAACAUUAAUCAUUAUGCUGAUUGAAUGUGUUAUCUGUAGUAUGGGUCAUUGAAACAUUGUCUAUCUUACAACAGAUUUUGAAAGGAGUUUGCGCGCUAAAGCUAUAAAACGUGCAGUGUUAUUCAUCAAUUUGGGAAUAUUUUUGAAUAUUCUCGAUUCAAGAUGGUUGUUCUAUGGACUAGUUCUUUUAUUCCGCAUUUGCGACGCAAUUCUCUCACGAUAUCAUAUCGCCUCUAAUUUCCUGCAACACUAGAUUAUUGCGGUUCUGAAAAUACUCGUAGUCCGAUUAGUCGCAUCAUCCUCAUUAUAAACGAGUAAAUCCUAAGGAUUUAGUUGUUAUUUUGGUAAUCCAUCUUUCUAAUUAGGCAAAUGAGCAUGAGAGAAUUGAUGAUGGUUUGGCAAGGGCGCGUAUAUGGAUAUACAGUUUCUGAAACUCUUGUCAUUAGAUCAAAUAUAAGAACAAAUAUUACUUACACGCAAAACUAACAGUAUUCUACAAUAUGUUGCGCUUCUUGCACUGACGGGAUUUAUGCCAUCUGAUGCAUGCACGUUUCAGACUGCAGCGUACCAUGUGUCGAACUUAAUUGUAUUCAAGAUGCGUCGCUGGAGCGAUACAAGAACGCCAGUGAUUCAAACGGCGUACUUGAUGAUAAGGGUGGGGCACAUUCGCGAGCGAAUUCUAAAUAGAAUUCGAAACAAAUAAGUGUAUUUUUACAUCACAAGAUGGCGAACCUAUGAAUAUACGUUUUCGCACAUGAGAGAUUCGACAAGCUCUGCCAAACCUGCGCCGAACUUUAGUCGCUCGAAAUGCUACCACAUGCAAUUGUUUUUUACGUUCGUAGCUGUUGUUCUGUAAUACCUAAUGCGUCAGUAAGCUAAAGAACUUUCAGAGAAGUACCUAUUAUAACUUCUGAAGAAGAGCGUACUUACCGAAAGAAAGCUGUAUUUCUGACGAAGAAUGUGUUCCUUUCAAACGUCCAAAUGAUGAAAAUUUUUAAUCGGCUUAAUUAUUCUAAGGUCCUUACGAGCGACAUUGAUUCAAACGCCAGCCGCUCCAUGUCAUGUGCCAAACAUAGCGCAACUUUUUUGCAGUUUGUUAGUAUUAGAUUCGCCAUCUUGUAAUGCAUCGAGCAUGUGCCCCUUGUCAAUAAGUACUAGUCUAUAUAGUGAGUAUACAAAAUCAAACCAGUCCAACUUAUUUCAGAGUGCUCCUUUUUUCCAGGAAGUACAGAACUGAGAUUCUCACCAUUCCCGCUCUCGACACGAAAGAGACGCAAGCGAUAUCGCACGAUCUUUAGCGAGACUCAAAUCGAGCUACUUGAAGAAUUAUACAAGACUACGCAGUAUCCAGAUCUCUACCAGAGAGAGAGCGUGGCUCUCCAAGCAGGAUUGCACGAGGACAGAGUUGAGGUAGGCUAAAUGAUAAAGUACUGCGGUAUGAAAGAUAUACAACUACCUAUAAAGAACAUAAACAGAACUUCGACUCUUCGCCGGAGCGAAGGGGUUUUUCGACUAGGUCUUUUUAUUCCCAGCAAAACGUUCGGUUCGUUGGGAUGCAACUACCUGAAAAAUACAAGGAGAAAUUCGACGUUUCGAGCGAAAGCCUAGCUUUAUGACUCAAAUAUGGGAUCAGAUACCGGAAAAGAUCAGAAGUUCGGUAUCUUAUGAUUUGAUCGAUUUGCAAAAAGCUUUCUCCUCGACCUUUGUUUUUAGACAUAAACCCACCUCGAUGCUUUAACAGACUAGCAGAUAAUUCAGAUAACUAUGGGAAUUACUAUCGCAAGGACAGUGCUAUCUCGGAAAUCACGCGUGGGUGAACCUGGCCGGGAACAUUGGCCAUUGGGCUGACUGGCCAUUGGGCUAUUUCGUAUUGUUUAAAAGUGCGCUUUUAGGGUGGGUAUGAGUGUCGCUCGUCGGAUUUCAAAACCAGUAAUUUUGCAGUUUUGAAAGGGUCCAUGUCUCUUUCAAAACGUCGCGGCUGUUGUCUGCCUUCCUCAUGUCGCUGUCACAAUUUCGACAUAAAUUCAUGUCGUACGUCGCCGAUAAUUGUAUUUGCUAAUUGCUAUAUGUUGCCGGCAUUGAUUUCAAUGCAAUGUCGCAUGCCGGAAUUUUACCCUAACAGGGCCUCUUUAUAAUUCACUAAAACGCUGAUAGCGUAAUAAUUUCUCCUGCAAUCAGCCAUCACACGCUUCUGAAUGGCCUUGCUGAAAGAGAUAAGAAUAUGUACUGUACAUAUUAUUUGUGAUAGUUUUGCCAAGAACACUAUUUAAUCCAGCACCGAAACAUAUAUAUAGAAAAUAGAAUGUCGUUUUAUUUGAGAUGAUCCAAUUUUGAAACUAAACAUGACGGGCAAUUAACGUUGUGGGAGUCUGGGAGAGUCCAGCCAGGAGGCUAGCUUUAUUUGCGUCGUUUAUCACUUCCAUUGCUGUAAUUUACACGAAAACAGCUUGCAUGUAAUCAAAUUUUCCUUCACCCCAUUGUGAAUUGCGAAUGUCAGGUCUGGUUAGUGCUGAUUUUCCCUCUGAGCAUAUUUGUUUUAACUUUAUCCAGUUGACACAAAAUGAUCUGACAAAAACGAGGCUACACCCUACGAUUCUAUAUAUAGCUAUAUAUACAACAUGAGCGGCUGUGUUGUAAGAACCUGUAUCGGAUACUGAUACACAGGCAACACGGACGCGAAUGUUGUAAAUGGCUUGUGAAACGUCUUGAUGAUAAAAAUUCGUAUUCUUCAACAAUUUAAAAUUUAAAAUAAAUUAAUGAUAUUUGAUGAGAAAAUUGAAGUUAAAGUUUAUGUAUAAAUCAGCAUGACUUUGUAUCAGAUGUACAAACUCAUUCACGCUCAUGAUUCUAAGCCUUUUGUGUUUGCUCAUGAAUUAUUAAUGAGUUUCACGAUGUUAUACUCAGUAUAAUCUGAAAUUACUUUGACCAUUUUCUGUGACAAAAAAUUCAUUCACUAUGUUAUGAUAGCAAGGUUAAUCCAUUAUAACAUCACAAGAUGACGGUUUUUCAAUUUAUUCACGAACUUUUUUGAGCCAUUAAAUUUAUCAUUGCUCAAGGUGACAGUGUGCCCGCUGAACAUAGCGAUAUUUAAUUUCCUUUUAUUACAGGUCUGGUUCAAAAACAGACGUGCGAGAGCUCGUAAAGUCAAAAGAGCGAUCGAGAAAAAAACGUCAGAGGCGAAAAACAACGAGAACAUCGCAACUGAGAAAGAAAAGGGGAAAGCAGAAGAGAGCGAAAAGACAGAGGAAGAGAAUAUAGCUAACAAAUGUCAUGACUAAUUCCCAAUAUGGGGAGAAAAUGAAUAUGGACGUAUGAUGAUUAAAGAGCAAGGACGGAUCUAAAGUCAAAAGCCAUGCAUUCGAGCAGUGAAGUUUGUCGCUUUGUGCUGAAUAAUCAGCGUGCGAUAUUGAAUGAUAAUAGACCUUAUUAGUAUAUGGACUUCAGAGAUGUUGAGGAACAUUAAAAUUCAUCUAUCCGCAAUUCCAAUUAUUUACCUCCAAUGCAAGACUACAGCAUAUGAUGAAAAGAAUUAAAAUUAUUAACAUUAUUUUCUCACUUUGAUGUAAAUUCACAUUGUAAACUGUAGUUGUGUAAUAAUGUUAGUAGAACCCGCUCAUAGACGAUAUGUGUGGCAGUUUAUUUUGACCGACAAAUACGACAAUCAACUAACAAGGUAUUUAAAUUAUAUGGACUGCAUGCAGAUAAAUUGAAAUAGCGCACAUUAACAUUAAUAGCGCAGUAAAAUAUUUCGUGAACGUUUUGGUGAUUGACGAAACCGAUACUCCCAGGAAAGCGCGCACUUUGCCAGAUCAGAAUUUCCUGCGCAACAUUCUUAAUUGCUUGAUACGUAUAAUGCCUUUAACAACCACGACAUGACCGAACCAUAUGUCGACGAAGAUUCGUGUAAAUAAGUUUUACUUGUAAAUUUUAGUAAAUAAAAUAGAUUAGAGUUAUGUAGUACCAAUUUUUAUCAUAACUUAAGGUAUUUCAUAAAAUAAAAUAAAAAAUUUCUGUUUUCACUGGC